UAAACUAUCAAAAGGAAAAGAAUGCAAUUAGUCAAUUUCAAUAUAAUUGCAAUUAGUCAAUUUCAAUAUAAUUGUAUACCAUGUACCAGCAAUGCCCAACAGGAUAUGUAAGUGUGUCAGUUAUAAAUUUAUUGUCUCUCAACCCCCAAUGCACUCUGUCCAGCUUUAUCAUACUGCAGCCAGACCCUGUAGACGUUUCUCUUUCGCUAGCCAGUUUGAUGUUAGUCUUUGCCAAUAGAGGGCGAUGGAAGAACUUUAUAAGGCCACACCUGGAAAAAGGGGGCUUUCAAGUUCCUUCUUCCCGGUGUGGUUUUCCACUGGGACCAUUAGAGGGAGUGGAGCAUCCACUUUAGUGGUCUUCAUAGAACAGUCUUGGGUCAUGCCCUCCAGAAAGUUGCUCAAGCAAAAGCAGGAAGGUGUAUGUAGAAAAACAGACAAAUGGAAACAAUCUAAAUGUCCAAGAGUAAAAGACUUGAAAUAAAAUAUGGAACUCCCAUGUUAUGGAAUACUAUGCAGCUCGCACAACAGAUGAAUUUUAUUUAUAAAUUCUGAUAUGGAAAAAUAUCCGUUAGACUGAGUCAACAAAACGUUACUUACAUAGAAUGAUUCCAGAUUUAUAUUACAAAUAUUCAUAGAGGUUGAACUGUAAGAACAGGCUAAAAUAUUAAUAGUGCUUGUUUCUGAAUGGCCUUACUAGGAAUAUGUUUAACCUUUAGUUAUUCAACAAAUACUGUGCCAGAAACCAUUCUAGGUGCUGGGAAGUCGGGCAGUGAAAACAGUCUGACCUCAUGGUGCUUAUAGUCGAGUAGUAAGGGACGAAUUAUUACACAAAUGUCAGAUACUAAUAAAAGGAAGAAAAACAAAAUAGGGCAGAGACAUGGCUCCCGAGCGCUGUUUAGAGAGUUAGGGAAAGCCACUUUGAGGUAAUAACAUUUAAGCAGAGUGAGGGAGCUAGUUGUGGAUAUCAAUACCUUUAUAAUUUUCCAUAUUUUCUUAAUUUUCUUUUCUACACUAAACGUGCAAGACUUGCAUAAAUGAAACCAUUUCAGAAAAAGAUCUGUAGCCACAGAUCUCCAGGUCGAGAAAUAAGUAGAGGGUGUGAGCAGGUCCAAACAUGUGGAAAGCAAAAUCCCGAGCCUCCCAAACACGGCCCGUUUGCUCUAGAUUCUCUCCGGCCCCGGGACCCCAGCCGCUCCUGAGACGAAGUUGCUGGUGGGAGAGCACGGGGCUCCCCGGGGUCACCGUCCCCGCCUGUCGCGUCCGGAUGAGCGACUCCAACAGACGCUCUAGAACAGAGAAUCCCGAAGGAGGCUCAGCGUCCCUUACCGGACGGCAUUUUCCAAGAGUCUCUACGCCCCGCUAGACGCGACUGAGGACGGGCAAGGAUGGGAUCCAAGAGGCUGAAAACGAGUCUCUUGGGGCCGAGCACCAGCUCCCGGGCCGUGACCCCUCGGUCCUCGAUCCACUCAGGAGCGGAAAGAGCCGGAGGCGGAAGAAAGAGUCCGCCCCAGGGCAUUCCUUCCGGACGUUCCGCUCGUGGCUGGGCCAGGAGCCGUCUCUGUCCACUAAGCCAGCCUCGCUUCCCCUUUUCGCCCCUCAGGAGCCAGAGGAGCAGAGAAAUCUAAAAGAUAAACCGAGAAGGAUGACAGCAGGAAUCUAGAAGCAGACCCCAACCCGCGGGCACGGUAUUGAGGAGCAUGGCAUCGCUGCGUUCUGAUUGGCCAGCCCUGAGAAUUCUCCCCGUUCAUUGGCUUAAUGGGCGACAGCCUUUUGCAGCUCUGCGCAGGCGAGGCUGCUGGGGACGGAGCUCGGGGCUCCGGCCGGGUCUGCGUUCCCGCCUGCCGCAUCCAGCCGAGCGACCCUGGUGAGUCCCUGGCCCUGCGAGCGAGCCUCCUCGGUCCCUAGAGGAUGAGAAUGGAUGGAGCUCGUACCUUUCAGGGGUGCUGUGAGGAGUACAAGAAUAAAGUGCUUAGUGUGUGGUAGUUCCAGAAGGACUGGAACCAACCUGAGUACCUCACUGGGGUAUUGGUUCAGAAACUGGAGAACAUCCAUACCGCGAAAUCUCCCAGAGCGGCCAAUGAAGAAGCAUUGUUAGGUGGAAAAGCAAAUUACAAAAUAGUUUGUGCGGUAAGACCUCAUUUAUGUGAAAACACACACAAAACACGUUUUCUUUCGUUUUUAUAGGUACGUUUUUAGUAAAUGCACAGAGAAAGGUCUGGAAGGUCAUAUGUCAAACUUAAUGGAAGGGUGCACUGCACUGUGGAAGGGAGAGUUUCUCUUUUAUGGUUAUCCAUAUUGUGUAAGUCCCUCUUUUUAUUGCAAUGGUUUGUGUCACUUUUUUAUUGAAACAAAAACAAUUAAAGAAAAUUCCAAAAUACACUUUUCAGGACUUUUGUGAAGAGUAACAAUGUAAGGUAUAAAAUAUGUGUCAUACAUUCAUAUAUACCUGUGCAUAAAUGGCUUAGGAUGGUAUCUGUGAGCCCUUUGCUGACACCCCAGGGCCACAUGUUUUGGAAUUCCCGAGUUUUCAAAUUUGAAAAAGAUAAUGCAGUACACAUGGUAUAUCAAGUAACCCUGCCAGCAGAAUCUGGGCCAACACUCAGUAAUCAAACAUGUUAGUUUUUUACUGACGUGUACACGUGGUAAGAACAGCUUGAUGAAUUUUUACCAACUGAACGAAUAUAUUAAUAUUUCUGCUGUAAAACAUGAACAUUUACAUUAAGUGGGAUAAAUGGAGAUUACAAAUAUGCUCAUCUCAGUAGGCCAGGUGGUGAAUUUGGGAUUUCAGAGCUGAGGAUUAGGGGCUGUAGACCUGCAUUGGUAGGAGAGAGUGUCACGUGAGCAAGGCAUUACAGGGAUCUUAAAAAAGACUUCAGAGCCAGGAAAGGAUGGGAACUGAUGAAGUCCCCCUCCAGGCUGGUCUUUGUUCAUGUACCGCCCCCUCCUGCUAUUUUACUCUUUCCCCAGGAGCGUAUGUCCAGAUGCUGGCCUGGCUGCCACAGGGAAUCCCUCUGGGAGACUGAAGGCAGGUUCCUGGGCCCAGGUUGAGGCCGACCAGCCCUGAGCCUUAGGCCAGGGGAAUGGCAGCUCCUCCGGAGCCUCAGGACCAGGCCUCUGGGGAGGGAGAAGGGCUUCUGAUUGUAAAGGUGGAAGAUUCCUCCUGGGAUCAGGACUCUGCCCAGCAAGAGGAUAACAAGGAUGCUGAGGCCUGCCGCCAGCGUUUCCGGCAGUUUUGCUACAGGGAUGCAGGUGGACCCCAUGAGGCCUUCAGUCAGCUCUGGGAGCUCUGCUGCCGCUGGCUGCGGCCUGAGCUGCGCACCAAGGAGCAGAUCCUGGAGCUGCUGGUGCUGGAGCAGUUCCUGAGCGUGCUGCCUGAGGGUGUCCAGGACUGGGUGCGAGAGCGGUGCCCGGGGAGUGGCGAGGAAGCUGUUGCCUUGGUGGAGGACGUGCAAAAGCAGCCGGUGAAAGCAUGGCCACAGGAUGUGCCCUCAGAGGAGGUGGAACCUGAUGCUGCAGUCCAGGGAUGCCAGGCCAAGGGGCCUCCCCCGAAGGCGGGGGCACGAAGCCGGCCACCUGGAUUCAGGGAGCAGCACAGCCAUGGUGCCCAGCUGCCUGCUCUUCUUAAAGAGGGGAAUACCAAACAGAUGACAAAUGCCUGCUUUGCCUCUGGGGUCCAUGGACCUGUGACAUUUGGUGACAUUCCCUUCUAUUUUUCCCGGGAAGAAUGGGGGUCCCUGGACCCUGCUCAGCGGGAUCUCUUCUGGGACAUAAAGCGGGAGAACUCCCGGAACAUUGCCCUGGGUUUGGGGAUGAAGAGCCAAAGUGAGGGUUCCCAGCUGGAGGAGGCAGUGAUGGCGCUCCCAGGCCAGGUGGGCGGCGACGUGACUGUGGCCUGGAGUCCUGAGGAGGCCGAGACCUGGGAGAGCGAGGACCGGCUGGGGGCGACCGUGGGGCGGGCAGCGGGGGCACGGCGGGGACGGCCGCCCACGCGCCGGCGGCAGUUCCGGGACCUGGCAGCUGAGAAGCCGCAUAGCUGCGGCCAGUGCGGCAAGCGCUUCCGCUGGGGUUCCGACCUGGCACGCCACCAGCGCACGCACACGGGCGAAAAGCCACAUAAGUGUCAGGAGUGCGAGAAGAGCUUCCGCAGCUCCUCGGACCUGGUGCGUCACCAGGGCGUGCACACGGGCCAGAAGCCCUUCUCCUGCUCCGAGUGUGGCAAGAGCUUCAGCCGCAGCGCCUACCUAGCUGACCACCAGCGCAUCCACACGGGCGAGAAGCCCUUCGGCUGCAGCGACUGCGGCAAGAGCUUCUCACUGCGCUCCUACCUGCUGGACCACCGGCGUGUGCACACGGGCGAGCGGCCCUUCGGCUGUGGCGAGUGUGACAAGAGCUUCAAGCAGCGUGCCCACCUCAUCGCCCACCAGAGCCUGCACGCCAAGAUGGCAUAGCCCAUGGGGUGAGGGGUGGGGUGAGGGCUGGAGGGAUCUCCCCUGGGGCGAAGCAGCAGCAUGGCCACCUCUUUCCGCUGCCACCAUCUGCAGCCACCACCCUGCUGCCUGCCCUACCCUGGCCUGCCCCAGGACCUGGCCAACACUCCCAAGGAAUGGAAGUCCCUUGUGAUCUCAUUGCCAUUCACCUUCCUGCUCUGGGGUUUCUCUUGCCCUCUGACUUCCUGGAGCCCCAGUACCUUCCUGGCCAGUGGCCCUAGCAUGGGGAAAGGCUGGGGCAGCAAGGAAAUGUGAGGACUCAGGCAGUGCCUGGGGUGCCCCAUCCAAGAACUCCCACUCUCAGCCUUGCUUGCCCCCUGGCUCUUUGUUCCCCACUUUCUUGGCUGGGUUCAUGGGCCAGGCCCUCUGCCCUCCCAACCUGUGCUUUCCUGCAGGGGUGGAGGACAGGCCUUGACCACCAAGGGCUGCCAGGCUGUGGGGUGGACAGCCCACAUCUGUGAGGAUGUGGGUCCUGCGUGCAGCCAAACGGGCUUUCUGGUCUCCACCCCUCCCAUUUCCAGGCCAUGACCACUCUGCCCUGUUCUGGCAACACAGAAGUUGCCUGCCACCACUCCACUGACUUGCUCCUGGGUGAGUCCUUGAGAGCCACCCUUUGCUGAGGGGAGUGGUGGCUCCAGGGACAGGAGGCCGACUGCAAACCAAGAACGGGGCUGGCGGAAGCCCGCUGCUCCCACAUUUCCCUCCUCCAGAGGCAGGGGGUUUAUGGUACUUAACACUGGCACUCCAUCAGCACUUUGUCGCUGACUCCUCAGGCGCGGCGUUCCAUGGGGUUUGUGCAUCGUCUGCAGAGGGGCGCUCACAGGGACACACCACAGGCUCUCCAAAGGAGCUCGGCCCAGCCUGCCUCGCAAAGGCAGCAGAAGGGUUUGAAUAAACGUGGAAACCUCCUCCAGGCUCUUCUGUUCUUUAGCUGGCUGCUGGGUGGAGGGGACCU